AUGCGAGUGUUGACAAUUUCCUUAAUGAUUAUUUCACUAGUCAAUACGGCACCAUCGCCACCAAGUACUAAUGGAACAGGUGCUGGUCUAGUUGCGAAUGUCAAAGUUAGCGACGAGCCGACAUGUAAAAUGGAUGAUGGGCGAAUUGAAAUUCCUCUCAACGGAAAAAUUCGUUUGGGUACCAAUCCUUGCAAAGUCUGUACUUGUACAAUAACUGGGUUUCAAUGCGAAGAUCAAUGUGAGACUAUCCCAGCAUCAACAUCCAUUGGUACUCCUGGAGAAGGCGCACCAGCGAGUUCUUCUUCAGUAGCACCUGACCAAAUAAUCAUUUCUCCAUCUCCUUCGCCUUCUCCUAUACCAAACACGAAUACAAAUGUCUCGACGAGUUCAACUCCUACGACACCAUUGAGUGGAAAUACGGAAGAUGAUUUAACGUCGAUUAUUGCAGGUGGCCCAUGCUCACGCUUGGCAGCAAACGCUCUAGCAGCAGCACGCGAAUACGCCUUCGUUGACUGCAGCGAAGCUUAUUUAGCUGGCAAGCGUACAAAUGGCAUCUAUGAAAUUUGGCCUCGAACAAGUCCAAAACCGUUUCGAGUAUACUGCGACAUGGAGACAGAUGGCGGCGGAUGGACAGUCAUUCAACGCCGUGAUGGUUACAGCCAACAAUCGAAUUUUUUCGUUUCGUGGUUAUCGUACAAACGUGGCUUUGGCGAUUUAACUCGAGACUUUUGGCUUGGAAAUGAAAAAAUUCAUGCAUUGACGAGCCAAGAUGAAUAUCGUCUUUACAUAAAUUUAGAAGAUUUCAAUGAUCAAUCUCGUUUUGUUAUUUAUGAAUGGUUUUUCAUAACAAAUGAACAAACAAAAUAUACAUUAAAUUUAGGUCGUUAUAUGCCGUCGUCAACGGGUGGAGAUUCUUUAUAUUACAAUCGUGGAAUGCGGUUCACUACACGUGAUCAAGAUAAUGAUCAAUCAAUGUCCGGUCAAUGUGCUGAAAAUUAUAAAAGUGGCUGGUGGCAUGCUGGAUGCACAUUAGCCAAUCUGAAUGGACUUUACUUACGUGGAAAUGAUUCGACAGCAACAGGAAUCUUUUGGAAUAAUUGGUUAGGUGCAAAAUAUUCACUGAAAUCAUGCGCAAUUAAAGUUCGACCGACAAGUUUCAACAGCGAAAUGCUCUCGUAA